AAUGGAGCAUAUUGACUUCCAGUGACAACAGACGCUGCUUAAAUCCCCCUCUCACCCCGAUUCUACACAAGCUACAGCAGGCUGCUGAGGCUGGACACUGCUAAGCAUUUACUCUGUGUGUGCGUUUCUCUCUCUCUCUGUGCGUGUGUGUUGGCACUUUGACACCCAAACGCACAGUGCGCGCACGCCUUGCCUUGCCGUGCCGUUCUGCGCCGCGCCGCGCCGCACCGCGCUUUGCCGCUCAUCGCCUCUAGUAGCCAAAGGGAAAGGCUUAACGGAUCGCAGGCAGGCAGGGACAAGCCCGGCUCAUUAAAAUCUCGUCUGCAGACCCUCUGCAGGUCGCGCGCAUUACUACUACAACUCCUCGCGGUGCUGACGGUGCUGUCGACGGACCCAAAGUGACACGCGCGCGCUUAAAAGGUGUGGAGGAGAGGGCACAAUGGAACCGAACCCGAGCCGUUAAACGGUUCAGACGUACACACACACACACACAAAACACACACAUACACACACACACACACACACACACAAGCUGCAGCUGUGAAGGAGGCCAGACGCUGGUAAGGAAAACGGCGACAUGGCGAAAACGGGAAAGAUCUGAACUUUGGAGGAUCCGCUGUGAGGAUUAUCGUACAGUCCAAAAUCUGACCGCUGCAACGAGGAACGGGAUCAGAGUUUGCAUCAGUGUACCAAACGGAAUAGCCAACGGUAUGGCGCGCAGUGACAGUCGUUUGGGGACCUGGCAGGUGCUACUGACCAUCUCGCUGGUCAUCACCCCCCUGUCUGCUCACGGGAGGCAUCAACUGGCCAGACACCAUCAUCACCACAACCAGUCAACUGUCAACAAGGAGGCCUUGAACACCAGGAUGGUGCUCAGUGAUGACUCAGCAGAGAGAGACCACCUGAUCGGAGCAGGUCUCGGGGCCAAACUCCCUCUAAGCUCCACCAAACAUCACCAUUCUCGUAAACGUGUCCACCUAGACUUUGUAGAAGAGGACCCACCUGUUGGGGAGGAGCUCACUGCCGGUGGGGCGGGUCCAGACCAGCCUGGAAACCCCCUGUCCGAUGACGUCAUCACCGUGGAGUUCCACAGCCCGGCGCCGGAUGUUGUGCCCUCUGAUUCUGCUCUGGAUUGGGCGAAAGCCCCAAAACCCCAGAAGCAGAAAGGGGGAGACCCUACUGCAUGGACGCUUUCUGACUUUUACGACUACCUGUCCCCUGAUGACGACCUCUCGGCAUUAGAUACUACACCAGAACCUGAGCCCACCCCUUCACCGCCGCCCGACAUGGAGGAUGAGAAUCCGCUCCUUACUGGUACUUCUGUUGUUCCUGACAAGGUGAAGCCUAAUGUAGACAGCGGGCCCUCCUUACCUGCUCCUCCUAUGCCAGGGCCAGACAAGGGUGAUGAGUUGGGCCUAGGUGGUGCCAUGGGGACGGAUGGCUGCAGGCUGGGCUUCGUACGCUCUGGACCAGGGGUAUGUGUGUCUCAGUGUGACAUUGAACCCAAUUUCUGCUUCAAUGGAGGGGUGUGCACCGUGGUGGCUGGAAUGGGAGCCUUCUGCAGGUGCAAUGUGCAGGACUACAUCUGGAACAAAGGCACGCGCUGUGAUUGGGCAGUCACUGAGUUUCAGGUGCUGUGUGUGGUGGUGGGCGUGGCCUCCUUUGUGCUCGUCCUCCUCUUCAUGAUCAUCGUAUUCUUUGCCAAGAGGCUGCACCGCCUCAAGAACGAGAACAAGCGCCUUCGGAAACGCAGUAAGUACCGCCCACAGAGCACCGAGCCACAGACGGACGGCCUCUCGGUUUCCACAACAGCCGACGGCUCGCAGCCAAACGUAAGGAAACUGUGUGACACCCCUCCGCCCGCUCCCCAAGCUCACUCUCACAACCUGGCGUACUAUGACAACAUUAUCUGUCAGGAUGAGCCUCAGAAGCAGGAGGACCCAGCAAAGUCCCCGCAACCCAAGGAAGAGGGGUCUAUGAACAUCCUCAACUCUCAUUCCCCCAAGCAUGAGAACAAUCGCCCGACCUCUGUCGUCCACGACCACACCCCCAACAACACAGAGGAAAAUGCCGAGGAUGGAGUCACUAUUGGCCUGGAAGUGCUCCUCCCUAAAGAGGCCAAGCUCCACUCAGAGACCAGCCCGCCCCUUCAGUAUGACGUCUUCCUCUACAAGGUUGCCAACAAUGGAGACCCCACUUCUCCCAGCCAUGCCCCUCCCACUCACUGUGCAAACUCUUACUCCACCUCUUAUCCCAUCCCCAAAUCACCCAAAUCGCCCAAAACACCUAAGACACCCAAGUCGACCAAGGUGCCCAAGUCACCCAAAUCACCCAGACACGCCAAGGAGCACCCAUCCAUUUACCGUGAGCCGUUGUGUGGAAGGCACUCCUCACCUGGCCGUCACCCCUCACUUGGUCACCACCCGUCACCCAUUCGUCAUUCUGCACCUGGGUGCUAUUCUUCCCCUACCUACCAUCCGUCCUCCCACCACUCUCCUGCCCAGUAUAGAUGCAUGCCCACCUCCGCUUCCACCCCGCCUCAGCUACGGAGGCCCAGAGGUCGAUCUCAAGAUCCAGGCUCAGAGCGCUCUUGGAGUGGGGGAGACUACCAGAGUGGACACAUUCAUCCAUCCCCCUCCUCACCUCAUCUUACCCAGCCCCCUCCAUCACCAUCAUGCAGGAUGAAGUACAGCCCAGUCAGCACCCGAUCACUGCCACCACUCUCCUGACCAGGCCUCCACCCAGUCUGGCCCAGCAUCUAUAAAUUCAAACGCCCGAACAUCUGUCAUGAUCUAACCUAUCCACUGAUUUGUCCAUCCUGACUCUAACUCUUAUUAGUGAUUUAUAUAUAAUUUAUCCAUCCAUCCAUCAUCAAGUUUUGUACCCUGCCCCCCCACACACAUUUAUACCUAGAGGAAGCAUAGCACCUGGUCCUGGUCCCUGGAGCCAGAAAGCAAGAACUGGGACAGUUUUGUAUACCACACUCAAUCAAACUCAGACAUGGAUGCAUGAAAAUGCAAACAUUAAUCACUGUGUAGUCGCUGCAGCCUCACAUUCACACCUUUAUAUAGAUAACAAACGUCUCAAAGCUCAGGUUACUGCUCACACAAGCACAAAAUGAACAUCUACACGUGAACAUGCUCUCCUAGAAUGGUGCCAACGACAGCGACUGCUGAGGAUAUUGUUCAUAAAGGUUUCAUAGUGGUUUACUACAGUAGCCUUAGUGUUUUCAAUGGUUUAUAUAAAUCUUUUAUUAUUCAGUGUGUAAGAUUAUUUCAUGUUUUCAAAAACUUUUUUGGUAUGUUUUUCAUGUUUCUAAUCCUCAAUAAAUAGAUGAACAACAAAAUGUGCAGUAUUGUGCUCGAAAGAUGGAGUAAGCUGGUAGGAACAAAGCGAACGACGAUCAAAAGAGACAGCAAGGCAACAAGAGUAAAGGAUGAGGAUUUUUGUUUAGUGUGCCCAAUUUAUAUGUGAAAAAAUAUGAGGGACUCUGCUGCCCCUCGUGGACAAAGCAAGCAUUACAACAUGGACAGUAAAAGUAAAGCCCGUGUAAUUCUGGUGCUUUAGCUACAUUUUAGGUUUAAAAUUAGGUUAAAGGAGUAAAUCAAAAUGUUUAAAUUAUAUGUUAGCUCCCUGGAUAAUUCUUCAACAUGGAUCAUUUCUUUGUGCAUGUAUCUGGAUAUGUUUGUCUACAGUAUGAGUUAGAGUCAUGUCCGUGUGCCUGUGCAGAAGAGGUCAGAUUAAGAGUGUUUUCGACUGCUUAUCUAGCCAUUUCUAAUCAAAGCGAGACCGUUAAACAUUUGCUGAAUAGCGGCUACAGUGGCUACAAGUGAGAUUUAAAAAAUAAUGUUAAAUGCUAAAACAUAACAACAAUAACACAAGUAGAGACGAGCCAGUGAGCUGACUCAGUUAUACGGCAAUAUUUAUCUAAAGCCUGACGAAAAGCUACUAUCCCCUUCCGUGGUCAAAAAUGUAAUGUCAUUUUGUUUUGGUUAUCAUUUUUUCCAUCAAAUGGAAGAGGAAAAGUCGUAUUUUAUCUCUCAGCCUCUGAAGUGGUUAGUGGGCGCGUGUAACUGACAGCAGAGCAGCAGUGAGGAAACAAAGUGCACAGUGUUUAGUUAGCAGAGAUACUGUAGAGAGAGAACCACAUCAGCUUCUGUACCGACUGUAAUGAUAUUAUCGGGUAAGUUUAAAGUACUUUUCAGCGUGCUGUAGCUGGAUAGCUAAUUAGCCUGAAAACUGGCGUAAAUGUACUUUCACCAGGUGAAUCAAGAGUACCUGAUAUCAGACACGAUGGCAGACUUCUCAGGCACCUCCACAGUUGACAGGAAAUCACAUGACCUCAGCAGUGGAAGUUGGUCGUGUCGUUAUUUCUGUGAAGGAGCACACAAAUGUUAAUAUGUGUUAAUAUAUGUAUGUAUAUAUAUGUAUAUAUAUACAUACAUAUAUAUAUAUACUCACAUUUUUUGGGUAUACAAAGUUUACUCGUAAGAAAUAUGUUUUAGAAGUCAAACGAUUAAGGCUUCAUACAAUAUUUUAAAUUAAGUUUUCGAUUAGUACAGAUUUUAUAAAUGAGCAUAUGAGAAUUUAAAGUUAAUUCAAUAACUUAAACAGUUGCCAAUUAUUUUAAACAUAUUAUGAAAUGUUUGAAUCAAAUUUGAAUUUAUUGAACAAUAAAUUAAAAUUAUUAAAGAAUGUGAAUAUGCCUCACUGGAAGACCCUGUAAGCUAUAGAUGAAAGUUACUGACCCUUACUACAUUUAUUAUAACGUCGUUGUCAAAAUCAAGAUCAAUCCAGCUGUUAUGUUAAAUUGGUUUGUCCUCGGCCCUCUAGGGUUCUAAAGGUAAUAUGAAAAACUGUGAUACAGUCAUUCCUUGUGAUGUCUUAGAUAGCCUUAGAUAGUCUUGGCACUUUUUAUCCAGAGGGGAUGAAAGCGAGCCGCUUCAUGAAUUAACUUUAUAUUGGCCCAUUUUUAAAAUCUGUACUAAUUGCGAACUUAAUUUACAACAUUUUAUAAAGUCAGUUGACCUUUGAAAUAUAUUUCUAAUGAGUAAACCUUGUGUAUACAUACAGUAUAUUUUGAAAAUUUGUGGCUGGGAGUAGAAUUUUUACCCUGUUUUUAGACUUGAAUCUGAUUGGACCAAUCACAAACCAAAUGUUCACGAAAGCACCUCUUAUUUCAGUUCUUUUUGUAACCUCAGCAGUGAUAUCAUUUUCUGAUACUUUUGAUUCACAGUUUUCAUCAAAUACACAUCUCCUCUACACAUGUAGGCUACAUGUUUUUUCAUAUGAACACAUAGUAAUAGUUUUUUCAUCCAGAAAUACCCUCAGAAGAGCAUCAACGGUUGUUACAUGACCCUCUUCUGUGCUGACAUGAAUACAAAGAGAUAAAAUAUUAAUUUUUGACCUUUUAUGUUUUGAUUUCUUCUCAAAGGUGAGAACAUGUGAUUCAGACUGCAGAUAUUUGCUGCAGCAGAAAAAACAUUCAAUUUAAUUUCACUUGUACUUGAUGAAGAGAUGUUAUUCUCUUUGAAUGCCUAUUGUAUGCUGCACUUUUUUCACAUUGUUACUUUAUUAUUUAUAACAUGAGGGUACCGCUUCUAUCCUCUUUGGUUUUCAGGACUUGAAUCUGCUCAUCUCUAGCAGCACAUCUGUUUUCUAUAGGGAAUUCAAAUUAGGCAGCUUUUCUAUUCUUUGACUUUUUACCUGGAUGAAAAGAAGAUGGAUCGAGUGAAGGUGAAGUUAUCCUUCCCGCUGCUCUCAUUCAUCAGAAAUAGGCUGUCUUGACAUGAAAAGAGUAAUUGACAGGUUUUAAAGUGGAGUGUCUGUAUCUCUCAGUGACACUCAAUGCUCCUGAAGAGCUCUCCUGUCCUGCUCCACCUGCAAGGUGCUCACUGUGUGUCCUCAGUGUGUCCUCACUUGUCAGGUUUUUUUCUUGUCUUUUCUUUUUUUUUUUUUUGGGCUAAUGUAGCAUCGAGAAGUGUCCCGGCAUUUGGAGUGACCCUGAAACUAAAAUAGACCUCACUCUGAAACGUAAUUAUGUUUUUCUUUUCUGUGCUCCUAUAUUGCUGAGUGAAAGAACAGAAACAUUGAUUUUCACAUUUUACUUAAAAUAUGGCCGCAAUAAAAGAUAUGACAAACA